AUGGCGGCGUCUGCCCGCGUGGGGGCGGCGGUGCGUGGCGGCGGCCGCGGGCGCUGGGCCCGCAAGAAGCGCAGCGGCGGGCGCCGUGGUCCGGCCGGCGGGGAGGGGCCCCUGAAGCGGCUCCGGCAGGCCGUGGAGGAGUUCGUACGAGCCUCGUCGGACGGCGAGGGGCGCGGCGGCGCGGGGCGCUCGGGCCCGGGCGGGAGGAAGAGCCGCCGGGAGCUGCGCCGGGAGAAGAGGCGGCUGAGGAAAGCGCGGCUUGGGCCGAGGACGGCGGGGCCGCGGCCCGGGAGCGCCGAGGACGGUGCCCGCCGAGACAGCCCGCCGCCCGCCCCCGCCGAGGCCGCCCCGAGCCCAGCCCGAGCGCAGCUUGCCGCCGGGCGCCCCACAACCCCGGCCGCCGCGGCUGCGGCCCGCCGCCGGGCGCUCCUCGCUGCCAACGCGGAGGAGGACCGGGAGCUCCGCAGGCUGGAGCGCUGCCUCGGCCUGAACAAGCGCAGGAGGAAGGGCGACGGCGGCUCCGUGCCGCGGGGCUUCGCGCGCGACGGCCUGGACUACAUCCUCGGAGUCCUGGGGUCCGGGGCGGGCGGCGGCCUGCCCGCCAGCGGCGAGGACGAGGACGGGGACGAGGACGGGCCGGCCGCCCGCGCACGCCCGGAGAGCGAGGCGGAGAGCGGCUCCGGGGAAAGCGCCGAGGAAAGCGCCGAGGACUCGGACGCGGAGGAUGGCGGGGCGCGAGAGGAGAGAGCGGGGAAGAGAGUCCGCUUUGCUGAACCCGAAGAGGAGAGGGAAGGCGCGCCUGAAGGGCACGGCCCCGAGCGGGAGGAGAAGAGUCCUUGUGACAGUGGUGAAAAGUACGUCCCACCUCGGUUGAGGCGAGAGGAGACCGUGGAUGUCCAGAAGAAGGAAGAACUAGAAAGGCUCAAGAAACAGGUUAAAGGCCUAAUUAACAGGCUGAGUGAGCCAAACAUGUCAUCCAUAAGUGGACAGCUGGAGGAGCUGUACAUGUCCCACAGCAGGAAGGACAUGAGCAACACCCUGACUGCCGCCCUCAUGGGUGCCUGUGUCACUGCCUCAGCCAUGCCCAGCAGACUCAUGAUGGAACAUGUCCUCCUGGUCAGCAUCCUUCACCACACAGUUGGGAUUGAGGUUGGUGCUUGCUUCCUGGAGGCUGUGGUGAGGAAGUUCGAUGAAAUCUAUAAGGAUGGAGGUGAGGGCAAAGAACUGGAUAACCUGUUUACCAUUAUUGCCCAUUUGUACAACUUCCACGUGGUGCAGUCUCUCCUCAUCUUUGACAUUCUGAAGAAGCUUGUUGGAACUUUCACGGAGAAAGACAUUGAGCUGAUCCUAUUGAUGCUGAAAAAUGUGGGCUUUGUGUUGAGAAAAGAUGAUGCCUUGUCACUGAAGGAGCUGAUCACGGAAGCCCAGACCAAGGCCAGUGGGGCAGGCGGCAAGUUUCAGGAUCAGACCAGGGUGCGCUUCAUGCUGGAGACAAUGCUAGCACUGAAGAACAAUGACAUGCGCAAGAUCCCCGGCUAUGACCCUGAACCUGUGGAGAAACUGAGGAAAUUACAGAGAGCUUUAGUCCGCGGUGCUGGCUCGGGUUCUGAGACUCGGCUCCGCAUCUCCUGGGAUGGUGUCUUGAAUGCAGAGCAGACUGGUCGCUGGUGGAUUGUAGGGUCUGCAUGGAGUGGAACCCCAAUGAUUGAUAACCGUCAUCACACGCUCGCACAGAAGCCGCUUGCAGGAACGGUUAGUGCCAAGAUGCUGGAACUUGCCCGGAAGCAGAGAAUGAACACUGACAUCCGAAGAAACAUAUUUUGCACAGUAAUGACAAGUGAAGACUAUUUGGAUGCCUUUGAAAAGCUGCUUAAGCUCGGGCUGAAGGACCAGCAGGAGAGAGAGAUCGUCCAUGUCCUUGUGGAUUGCUGCCUGCAGGAGAAAACAUACAAUCCAUUCUAUGCUUUCCUGGCGGGCAAGUUCUGCAACUAUGAGAGGAGAUUCCAGAUGACUUUCCAGUUCAGCAUAUGGGACAAAUUUCGGGACUUGGAAAAUUUGCCAGGCACUAACCUUUCUAAUCUGGUCCACCUGGUGGCACACCUGCUGAAGACCAAGUCACUUCCGCUUUCCAUCUUAAAGGUGGUUGAAUUCAGUGAACUGGAUAAGCCCAGAGUGCACUUCUUACGGAAAGUGUUAACGCUGCUAUUGAUGGAAACAGAGGCAGAAGACUUGGGUUUAAUUUUUUCCAGAGUAUCUGACAACCCAAAGCUGAGGAUGUUGCGAGAAGGUCUGAAGCUCUUCAUUAGCCACUUCUUACUGAAACACGCACAGGCCCACCAGAGUGUGGAGGAAGUCAGCCUGCUGAGAGAGAGGGCGAGCCUUGCAUCUAAGUCUCUGCAGGGCAGGGCUGCGCUCAGAAUGUAAGCGGGGAGGGAGGAUACUUAGAAAUGUCCUUUGCAAACCCAAAGGCUUGUCCUGCUUUCUGUGUAAACGUGUGGGUGAGUUGCAUCAUGGCCUGUCGCAUUGUAUGUUUUCAGAUCAUUUUUUUAUCCAGGAUUGUAUAUAUUUUAAAUAUGUAUUUAUGUACAUACCAGGUAUGUGUAGAAAGGGGGAGAGAAGAUGGGCCAGAGACUGGACAGUGUUCUUUUUUGAAUACUGAGCCACACGGGACUGUUAAUUUUCUAAUAGAUAAAUAUGACCACUAGAGGGGGCUGUGAUCAUAAAUUGAUGUCUUUAUCUUUUAAAAAAACACUGAUUAAAAGUGCAGAAACCA